GUCCAUUUUCAAAACCAAUCAAAUCCGCAAAUAUUUAUCCUCUUCUUUAUCGCUUUUUCUUCUUGAUUUAGCUAUUGCCUAAUUUAAUCUUCUACAAUCUACCCAAUCCCAACAUCCAUGGAUUCGUCACCAGGUUCUCACAGCAACAAACCCACCAGGCCCCACCAACCAUCUUCCUCUGAGCUUCUUUCCAGUGCCAAGUUGGUGGCUGAGGCAGCCAAAGCCUCACUUAGCCACGAAACUGACAAGGUAGACAAGGGCAGGGUUGCUGGUGCUGCGGCUGAUCUUCUUGGAGCUGCCUCUCACUAUGGCAAGCUCGAGGAGAAGAGUUUUGGCAAGUAUGUAGAGAAGGCUGAGGAUUAUCUGCACCAGUACCACUCCUCCCAUUCUACCACCACCACCACCACCACCAACUCUUCCCACUCAGCAACUAGCACCGCACACUCGUCAUCACAUUCAAGCGGUGCUGCUGACCAUUCUGAAGGUGGGUAUGGUGAAUACUUGAAGAUGGCUCAAGGUUUCUUGAAGAAACACUGAUAUAUAAUAGCGAUUAGGCAAAUCUUUCUUGUUGUGUUUCCUAUUUUCUCCCGCUUUUAUGUCUGUUGUACAACUCUUAGAUCUGAAGCUAUAAGCUUCCUGUCUUUGUAUGUUCUGUUUAAUACUUUACUGUGCUAAAGUUCCAGUGUUUUCUUGAAA